AUGGAACUAGAAACACAAAAGAAUCAUUCGCUCAACGAUUUCGAGUUAUUAAAAGUAUCCUUUUUUAUAAUAAAUAUUUAAAAAAUAUAUUUAAUAUAUAAAAUUAGUAUUAGGCUUUAAAUAGGAUAAUAGGAAAAGGCCGAUUUGGAAAAGUCCUUUUAGUCAAAAAAAAGAUUUCAGGUGAGCUCUUCGCAAUGAAAAUUUUAAAGAAAAAAUACAUCGAAGAAUGCAGACAAAUCGAACAUACACGAACAGAACGAAAAAUCCUGGCAAGAGUUGACCACCCUUAUAUAGUGAAAUUUUAUUAUGCUUUUCAAAGCAAUGAAAGGCUUUAUUUUAUUCUUGAAUACUGCUCAGGCGGAGAGCUCUUUUUCCAUCUUAACCGAGCUAGACGAUUUGACGAGGAAAGGGUGAAAUUUUAUAGUGCCUGCCUUGUACUUGCAAUAGAGCAUUUGCAUAGUAAAAAUAUUAUUUAUAGAGAGUAAUUAUUAUGCAGUUUAAAGCCAGAAAAUGUAUUGAUUGACGAAGACGGGUUUCCAAAAAUCACUGAUUUUGGACUCUCAAAGGAAGACUGCAAAGAUCCACGCUCAGCGAGGAGUUUUUGUGGGACUGCUGAGUACUUACUCUCCCUAUUUUAAAAAAAAAUUAUAUAUAUAUAAUUUUUUUCGAAAUUUAAAAAAUCCCAAAUUGGAAAGUAAAAAUUAAUUUUUAAUUAUAAAUAUUAUCUAUCUGCUUAAAAUCCAAAGGAAUUCGCUAAAGAUUUAAUUAUCCUAUUUAUCUCCUAAAUAUAAUUUUUUUUUAUAAAAAAUUUUUAUAUUAAAAGCAUUUUGUUCGCUCGAGGUUUUUUAUUUAAACAAUAGGGAUGCUUCCAAUGGUUUUGCUGCUCACAGAUAGGGGGUUAGCACCUGAAGUGAUCAUUAAACAAGGAUAUGGAAAAGUCGUUGAUUGAUGGUCUCUUGGAUGCAUUAUUUAUGAAAUGCUGGUCGGGCUACCACCGUUUUAUAACGAAAAUAAAAAGUAUGUCUAUAUGAAAAUCCUAUCCGAGGACCCACAUUUACCUGAUUUUUUGUCGAGUGCAGUAAAAAGUUUGCUUAGUGGGCUGCUCAAUAAAGACCCGAAUAGGAGAUUGGGUGCUGAGGGUGCUGAUGAAAUAAAAAGGAAUCCAUGGUUUUUUGAUAUAGACUGGGUAGCUUUAGAAGCGAAAAGUAUUAUGCCUCCAUUUAUUCCGAAUAUUUCUGAUCCUGCAAAUAGCAGAUAUUUUAGUGAGGAAUUUACAAAUUCAGCAAUGAGCUCUGCAUCGCCCAAUCAGCUGUCGCCAAGAGCUUGUAGCCCAACUUAUGAUGGAUUUUCAUAUUCAAGCAGCCCUAUUGAACCGAGAUGUGCAUUUGAUACGGAAUUUACGAUAAGAGGAGAAGUGGGGCAAUCCGUUGUUUAA